CCUAUAGUUUUUAUUUCACACUGAGCCAAGUGUACAACUGCAACAAUGAACAGUAAAUGUAACACUUGUAUGUUUGCAUAGAUAUGUUGCUGACCACAGAGUCACCCACAUUGCACAAUGGCAGCCAUUCCCAGCCCCACUACAAAAGACUAUGAACCUGCUAAGAGAAGUGGCCAUUCUACAGUAAUAGUAGGAGACUGUCUUUAUAUGUGGGGUGGGGAGAAAGAUGACCAUCCUGAAAAACACAAUAUUGAGAAAGAGAGAAGAGAUUCAUCAGUUGUGGAGAUACUUCACCUUCCAACUGGUAGGUGGGAGCAGAAACCUACCACUGGCGAUCCUCCACUGGGUAUCAUUGGUUAUGCAGCUGUUGCUAUUGGAAAUGAGAUAUUCUAUUAUAGAGGACAUUGUAGUCAUUGGAACUAUGAUGAUAAUGUUUUGUACAGUUUAAAUGUUGAUACUCUCAAAUGGAGGAAAGUUGUACCUACUAACCCUGAGGAUGGUCCUAAGAGGAAGGAUGAAUAUAGUAUGAUUGCUGUAAAGAUUGAGGGAGAAGAUUACCUUAUAAUAAUUAAACGACUUUCUGUUAAUAUUAUUCAUUAUUUUAGAAUUGCUACAGGUCAGUGGAUCUUACCUAAAGUUACUGGGGAUGUUAAUCCUAGAAUUGAAUACUUUAAUUUGAUGUCAGUAGAUGAUACCAGUGCUAUUUUACUUCAAGAUGAUGAUAAUAUAUCAGAUAAUUCUGUUUAUCGUCUUACCUUUACUAAAGGAUCAGUGGUUUGUGCAAGGAUAUUUAAUGGAACCGCUAGUUGUCUAUCUUCUAUAUAUUCUCAUCGGAGUGUAUUACUGAAUAGUCCUUCAGGACUAAAACUAUUGGCUAUUGGUGGCAGUCAAUGUGAGACAUUUGAUAUUAACAAAACUAAUUGGAAGGAGGUUGGUGUUCCUGAAUCAGUCAAAGAUAGAGAUGUUCAUUCUCUAUCAGUUUGGAAUGAGGAUACAACCAAUACUUGGAUAAUAGAGUUUGGAGGAGUAUGGGAUGAUACAUUCCUCAGUGAUACACCAUUCCUUAAUAUCAGAUACACUGCAGGAGGUGAUAUUUCUGUGAGGACAUACUCACUGAGAGAGUAUCAAGAAGAAAUGGGAAAGAGAAGAAGACCAGUUGAACAAGAGAUCAGCCAGAAAGGAGAAAGAGAAAGAAUAAUGGAAGAGAGACACCAGCAAGAGAUUCAACAAUUACACUUUCAAAUGGAAGAGAGAGAUCAACAGGCCAGGGAAAGAGAGAGAGAAAUGGAGAGACAACUUCAAAAAAGAGACCAACAAUAUCAAGAAAUGAAGAGACGACUUCAAAGGGAAAAAGAAAGAGAGCUUCAAGAAGUACAAAGAGAGUUUCAAAAAAGAGAGGGACAAUUCCAGAGGGAACUUCAAGAAAGGAAAAGACAAUUUCAAGAAAAUGAGAGACAACUUCAAGGAGAGCUGCAACAGUUUCAAGAAAGAGAGAGACAAUUUCAAGGAGAAGAUAUCAGUAGUGGUAAUGUACUACUACAGCCUACCUCUCACAUGGGUAUUGGCUGGAGAGCUAAGGUAUCCGACUACGGGUCGGCUAACCUUCAGAAUCUCAUCGCUACGACAGAAAAUCCUGGAAACCAAAUCUAUUCAGCACCUGAAGCAGGGAAUCCAAGGGAACACUCUCCUGCAAUGGAUGUCUUCAGUUACGGUGUCCUCCUUAUAGAAAUGAGUAUUUGUGCUAUUCCACAGCCUGGUAACAGAAGACAGGAUAUUAAUUCUAUUAGACGGGCUGGGUUGAAGGGUCUUGUUCAACGCUGUGUUAUGGAUAAUUAUAAAUUGCGUCCUAAAAUGUCUGACAUUAUAAACGAACUGACUCAAAGUGUCGAUUAG